AUGGAGGAGGGACCUCCUAUUAAAUCGUUCACAGAAGAAGAACGGAAGUGCGAGGCACAUUACAAUAGGCACACUAUUCGAAACGAAGAAAACCGUUACGUGGUAGCUCUGCCGUUCAAGCAUAAAAUAGCAGAGUUAGGCGAAUCCAAAAACAUGGGCAAAAAACGAUUACUGGCCACCGAACGAAAGCUAUAUGGUGAUCCAGAGCUCGAACGACAGUAUCACGCUGUUUUAAACGAAUACCUAACCCUCGGUCACAUGACCCCAAUCGCAGCAGCUCAAUCAAGCAACGAAGGAUACUACCUACCUCAUCACGCUGUUAUCAAACAAAGCAGUCUCACCACGAAGGUACGAGUUGUAUUCGACGGAUCUGCGAAAACUACCUCUGGAAUUUCACUUAACGAUACACUACUUGUCGGCCCUACUAUACAGCCAGACAUCUUCACCCUGCUGAUCCGUUUCCGCAAGCACGCCUUCGUAUUAACAGGUGAUAUUGAGAAAAUGUACCCACAAGUGCUUGUACGACAAGAAGAUCGAAAAUAUCAACGAAUCCUGUGGAGAACUCCGUGUGGACAAUUGCAAACAUACGAGCUCAACACCGUCACCUUUGGCUUGUCUUCUGCUCCGUAUCUGGCUAUAAGAACACUACAUCAACUCGCGGAAGAUGAGAAAAAUCUAUUUCCUAGGGCCGCCAAGGUCCUCAAGGAAGACUUCUACGUCGACGAAGUCCUCACCGGAGCCGCUACAAGAAAGGAAGCAAUCUCUCUUAGAAAAGAGCUGACGGCAGUGUUGAAAUCUACUGGGUUUACCAUAUGCCAAUAG